CGGAUGCGGGGCGAGGGCGAUCGGGAAUCCUCCUGGCGCCCCUCGGGUCCCAGCCCAGCGGAUCCCGUGAUCGAGCGGGAUCCGGCAGCGGGGGCGCCCUGCGCGUGCCAGCCGUGGGGUGUGUGUGAGUGACACUGUGUGUGUGUGUGUGUGUGAGUGUGAGAGAGAAAGAGGGGAGGGGGGGUCGGACCGACAGAGAGAGACAGACAGCCGCCUCUCGGCAUCUGACUGCGGCAUCGCAGCCGGAUCGAAGCCCCCCCCAGGACAAAAUCGGUAGCAGCCUCGCGCUCGCCCCUCCACCGCAUCCCACUCACUUUGACACCAACCCCCCCCCCGCAGCCCCCCUCCCGGAUCCCUGCUGGGAACCAGAGAGAUCAACGCCCCUGCAACCCCCCUCCCCCCCAGAUCGAUUGAUUCCCCUCCCCCUUGUCUGCUGCGCCUUGCCUCGGGACUGGGCUUCUCCCGCCCGGCCCCCUGGGUUUGUGUGUCUGUGCGUGUGUGUGUUUGCGCUGUGCCUCCUCUCCUUCUUGCCUGCUGCUGCUGCUGCAUCCCCCCCCCCAAUUGCUCGCCGUUGCGCCGCUUUUUCCAGCCCUCCCGCAUCCAUCCUUCUCCCCAUCCCUCUCUCUCUCUCUCCCCCCUGCUGCAGCCGGGAUCCCUGAUCGCGAGGAAUCCACCCCCUCUGCUGCAUCCCUCCUCUCCCCUCUCUGCUCCAUUCCCUCGCUUUUCCGCUCUCCUGCACCCGCCCCCCCUCCCACCGCCUCAUUCCACUGCUGCUCUUCUCUGCCUUCCUUCCUUCCUCUUCUCUCUCUCUCUCUGCUGCAUCUCUUCUCUUCUUCCCCUCCAUUCUGUCCUUUCCCCCCUCCCUGCUGCAUCCGCCUGUCCAGAGCCCAGCGCCGUAUUUCCCCACCCGCUCCCCUGCUGCAUUGGGGUCCCUCUUUCCCCCCUGCCCCUUUCCCCUGGUCCCCCCUCCCUCCCUCCCUCCUGCAACACUGCAUCCCUCCCCCCUUCCACUUCUGGACAGAGCAAACUUCUGGAUGGGGCCUUCUGCCCUAGAGCCCCUGUGGUCUGGGGUCGCCUAGUCUCCAGCCGGGGACCGGGUAAAAAGAGGGGCUCCCUAUCUUCCCCGCUUAGGAAAGAGGGGGUCUUGCCCCUGCCCGGCUCUGGAACCUUGGCGCAAGGGACAGGAGGAACCCCAAGCAGAAAGCGAUGCAGGUGCGGUGGAAGAGCAAGGCACUUCAGGUCCCGGUCGGCAUCUAACAGCAAGGUCCUUGCGCUGUGUGUGGCCAGUGGCUCCCUCUGUGACCUAGGAUGAGUAACUGCAGCAGCCGCGCCCUGACCCUGCUGUCUAGCGUUUUUGGAGCGUGCGGGUUGCUCCUGGUGGGCAUCGCUGUCAGCACCGACUACUGGCUGUUCAUGGAGGAAGGGAUCGUGUUUCCGCAGAACCAAACCACCGAGAUCGUCAUGGCACUCCACGCUGGCCUCUGGAGGGUCUGCUUCUUUGCAGGUCAGAAAAAAGGUAGCUGCGUCGCUUCUGAGUACUUCCUGGAACCUCGGCCCGACCCAGACCCUGAGGGGCCCCUAGUUACGGAGAAUACAGAAAACAUCCUCAAAACCAUCCGCACGGCCACUCCUUUCCCCAUGGUCAGUCUCUUUCUCGUCUUCACCGCGUUUGUCAUUAGCAACAUCGGACAUAUCCGCCCACAGAGAACCAUCCUGGCGUUCGUCUCCGGAAUCUUCUUCAUCCUCUCCGGGCUCUCUCUUGUGGUGGGCUUGGUCUUGUACAUCUCCAGCAUCAACGACGAGGUGAUGAACCGCCCCAGCGGCUCGGAGCAAUACUUCCAGUACCGCUACGGGUGGUCGUUCGCCUUUGCAGCUUCUUCCUUCUUGCUGAAAGAGGGCGCAGGCGUGAUGUCUGUCUACCUCUUCACGAAGCGCUACGCCGAGGAGGAAAUGUACCGCCCCCACCCCGCUUUCUACCGCCCGCGCCUGAGCGACUGUUCUGACUACUCCGGCCAGUUCUUGCACCCGGAGGUGUGGCACCGUGGACGCAGCCCCUCAGAUAUCUCCAGCGACGUUUCCAUCCAGAUGACUCAGAACUACCCACCGGCCAUCAAGUACCCUGAACACAUGCACAUAUCCACCUCACCUUGCUAAACGCGCCAGAGAACGCGCUGGACAAGGAAGCCGGCAUUGCUUGCAGACUGUACCUGCCCCUCCCUGCCUUUGGAGACACCCCUGCCAAUGGGGUCCCGUCUUCCCCCCUCUCUGAAGACUCAUACCACCUGCUCUGCUAGAAAUUGUCCUCUCUCUUUCUCUCCAGCCGGUGGGAACCAUUCAACCAACCUUUGAGAUUGCCGGAUGUCCCUCUCCCACCACCCCACUGGGAAACUGUUCUAAUUUUCUCGUUCCCAUUAGCUAUCAAAUUUUAAAAGUCCAGCCAACACACGAACCUCACACAUAUGCAGUAAAUGACCACAUCUGCCCUAUCCCAUCCUCUACAAAGCGGUGGAAGAAAUAUAGCUAAGGAAUACGUCCUCCCGUUUUCAAUUCCACUGCUUCAAAAUACCUCUCCUCUCACUCAGGUGGUUAGGAAGCCUAGCAGGAAGGGGGGCUCAUCUAGCAUGUUCUCCCAACCCCCCAACCCCCCAAAAAAACCAGUCUGACAAAAAGUAGCUUUCAAAAACGAUUGACAUUGUUCGCAUCUUGACAGAAAGAUCCCCAUCAGGACUUUUCUCGCCCCAUCAAAUCCAAGUCCUGACAGGAAAUGGCCUCUUGCCAUCGCCUCCUUCUGUCAAACCUCGCUCCCCUCACAAGACUCGAAUGACCUUGAAAUGAAAUAAUUUGUAUUGAUCUUCUAUUUUUCCAACUGUAAGUGACACCUUCUUGCACCAGAAGGUUCCAUUUAAUGGGUCACUCACCCGGAAACAACCAUUCUUCUAGCCCAUUUUUCUUUAAGUUACAGCAGGAAGUGCAUUUUCCUUUUCGCCACUUCGUUUUGUGACAGGCAUCUGUUAGGACUGCGCCGUUUACCGGUCCUGAAAUAUCUCAUCCAGACAGAAACGCUUCCCUCAAUUUAAUCUCUCUCAAUAUCUCAGUCACCCAAAUACAAUACUCUAGCAUAAGAUUCUUCCUCUGAUAUUUUGCUGUGGCCACAGAUGACCGAUUCUGUUAAAAGUUGAGGUCCCCCCCUCCCCUUCCAGUUCGUGGCAGGAAACGACUAGGCCACCAUUUUGGUAAUUCUACCAUCGUCCAAUUCCAACACUUAUCUGUUAUGUAUUUUUAACUGCCUCCAAGCCAAACUACAUGUUUGGGUUUUUAACGAGUUGGGUCCAGGUUCCCCACAACCACACAGCAGCAGCAAGAAAUGGCUUUUGAAAAAUAAAACAGAUCCCAUAGGGGCUUGAAACAGCUCUGUUAUUUCCCAGUUUGUGCUGCUCCUCAGGCGUGUACCACCUAUGGUGACAUGGGGUAACCUAUGUCCCCGGGCUCACAUAGUCCUGGGUGCUGGCACCAGCUCCAGGUGGUUGACCUGGAUGCAGGCAUCGGCUCCAAGCAGUAGACCUGGACGCCGGCACAAGCUCCAGGCAAUAGACCUGGACUCCAGGUGGUAGGUAUGGCUAAAAAUGCAGAUUUUGUCUCCAAGCUCUAUUUUUCCUAGAUACGCCUCUGUUGCCCUUUACGGAGUAUUCCGUGCAUGUGGAGCUGCUAUAACAGAGCAAAGCUCUCCCCUAACGCUGGUUCUGCACAGGAAAAGCGUUUGGUCCCUGGCCCCCAAAACUUGGCAUGGUUCUGAACCCAUUAAGUCUCUCCUGUGCAACUAUGGGAAACCCAAGUCGGGCUCUAGUUGACUAAAAACCCGAACGCAUGGUGUGGCUCUGGGGCUUUGUUGAAUCCCAGCGGCAAAGUCCUACGCCACCGGCCGUUUCCAACCCGAAACAUCCUGUCGUUAUU